AUGACAUCCAACUGUUCACCAGCUUUCAUCAAGAGCUGCCAGCGGCCCUCCUCUGUCUGUUCCAGCAGCAUGAGCUGCCGGCCCGAGCUGUGCCUGGGUUAUAUCUGCCAGCCCAUGACAUGCGUGCCUUCUGUCUGCAUGCCCACUACCUACCGGCCUGCCAGCUGCCUCUCCAAGACCUACCUAUCCAGCUCCUGCUGGCCUAGCAGCUGCCGGCCAACGAGUGGCAUCUCCAGCUCCUCGGGGACCUGCAGCUGGUACUGUGAAGGCUCCUUCAAUGGCAACGAGAAAGAGACCAUGCAGUUCCUGAAUGACCGCCUGGCCAGCUACCUGGAGAAGGUGCGCCAGCUGGAGCGGGAGAACGCGGAGCUGGAGAGCAAGAUUCAAGAGGCCUGUCGGUCUCAAGUGCCCACCAUGUGUCCCGACUACCAGUCUUAUUUCAGGACCAUUGAGGAGCUCCAGCAGAAGGUUCUGUGCACCAAGGCAGAGAAUGCCAGGAUGGUCGUGCACAUUGAUAAUGCCAAGCUGGCUGCAGAUGACUUCAGGACCAAGUAUGAGACAGAGGUGGCCAUGCGGCAGUUGGUGGAGGCUGACACCAAUGGCCUUCGCAGGAUACUGGAUGAGCUGACCCUGUGCAAGGCGGACCUGGAGGCCCAGGUGGAGUCCCUGAAGGAGGAGCUGCUGUGUCUCAAGAAAAACCAUGAAGAGGAAGUCAGUGCCCUCCGAUGCCAGCUGGGGGACCGCCUUAACAUUGAGGUAGACGCUGCACCCCCUGUGGACCUAAACAGGAUGCUGGAGGAGAUGCGGUGUCAGUAUGAGACUGUGGUGGAGACCAACCUCAGGGACGUGGAGGAAUGGUUCAACACACAGAUGGAGGAGCUUAAUCAACAGGUGGCCACAAGCUCUGAGCAGCUUCAGAGCUACCAGUCGGACAUCAUUGAUCUGAGACGCACGGUCAACACACUGGAGAUCGAGCUCCAGGCCCAGCACAGCCUGAGGGACUCUCUGGAAAACACCCUGGCAGAGACUGAGGCACGUUACAGCUCCCAGCUGGCCCAGAUGCAGUGCAUGAUCACCAACGUGGAGUCCCAGCUGGCUGAGAUCCGCUGUGACCUGGAGCGGCAGAACCAGGAGUAUAAGGUGCUGCUGGACGUCAAGGCCCGGCUGGAGUGUGAGAUCAACACGUACCGAGGCCUGCUGGAGAGCGAGGAUUGCAAGUUGCCCUCUAACCCAUGCUCCACUCCCACCUGUCCCCCUUGUGCACCUUCCCCCAGUGUGUCCCGCACCAUCUGUGUGCCCCGCACUGUCUGUGUGCCUUGCAUGCCCUGCCCUCCGGGCCGCUACUGAAGUCCCUCAGCAUUGGUGGAUCUCGGAGAGACUGGGGCUGGGUAGCUGGAGCGUCGCCCAGCAGCGUCUGACCACCACCAUCAGGGGCCUGCGAGGAAGCCCUCCAGCAGCAGCGCUGGGCAGUGGGCUGUGAGCAAUACGCUCUGAUCUGCAGGGGGUGCCCUGGGCCCCUCUUCUUACAAAUUGCCUCUUGCUUCCACCUGCCAAUUGCUCUCUUUGCUGAUGUUUCUGGUUGUCUAUGCCGCCUCAUGUUGUC